AUGGUUGACGUACCACUCAGGCUGAACACCGGAGCCACCAUUCCCGCUCUGGGUCUCGGCACAUGGCAGAGCCCUGAAGGCCAAGUCCGCGCCGCUGUCGCCUACGCUAUCAAGUCAGGCUACCGACAUAUCGACUGUGCCUAUGUCUACGGAAACGAGAAAGAAGUUGGCGAGGGGAUCAAGGAAGGGCUCGCUGCCACGGGCAUACCGAGGAGCGAUCUGUUCAUCACGACCAAGCUGUGGUGCACAUAUCAUACGAGGGUGGAGCAGAACUUGGACAUUAGCUUGAAGCUGUUGGGUCUCGACUAUGUGGAUCUCUACCUCAUACAUUGGCCCAUCGCCAUGAACCCUAACGGCAACGAUGAGAAAUUCCCUAAACUGCCUGACGGGUCGAGGGACCUGAUUCGAGACCGAACCCACAUCGACACGUACAAGGAUAUGGAGAAGUUGCUAAAGACCGGAAAGACAAAAGCUAUUGGCGUGGCCAACUACUCAAAGCGAUACCUCGAGGAGCUGCUACCCCACGUCGAGGUGGUUCCGGCGACGAAUCAAAUCGAGAACCACCCGCUGCUCCCCCAGCAAGAAAUUGUGGAUUACUGCAAGGAGAAAGGCAUCCUCAUCACUGCCUACAGCCCUCUAGGGAGUACGGGAAGUCCCCUGAUGAAAGACCCUUACGUGGUCAAGCUGGCCGAGGAGAAAGGGGUCACACCAGGCUGUAUUCUCCUGAGCUACCAUCUUGCCAGAGGCAGUUCGGUGCUUGCCAAGUCGGUCACACCUUCACGCAUUGACGAGAACAAGAAAAUCGUCUCACUAUCGGAAGGUGACCUUGCCUCGCUGGCUGAAAUCUCCAGGAACGGCGUCACCCGCUUCGUCUAUCCUGCGUUCGGCGUCGACUUCGGCUUCCCUGACAAAUCGUAA